CCCUGUGCGCUUGCCGUUGUUGUGCAGCGGACGUGCUGGUGAGCAGGAACAGCCUGUUCUCUUCUGAUCCCGACUAUUGCGCGUUCUGUCGGGACUUUUCAUAUAGAAGACUCGCACAAUAAGUUGUGGGUUACGAGCUUUGCUGUUUUGUUGAGCGUGAAUCAGACUCGUUGCAAGAGUAAAAGUGAAGGAGUCGGCCCACGAUGUCCGGCAGUGUGCUGUGCGGUCGAAGCAGGUUCGUGUUGUCUCCGGCUGCCGGCCGCCAAGCUUUAGCUGCUCUCAGGGUUGCAAGAAGCCGAACGUUCUCAGCGGCGAGCUCAGAUGAGCCUUACAUGAGUGUGUCGCCUGCAGACUCCGGACCAAGGACCGUGUGGCCGGACGAGAACAUGGGACCAUUCGGACCUCAGGACCGGCGGUUCCAGUUGCCGGGCAACGCUGGGUUCGACUGCCACCUGGACGGCAUGGCGGGUCAAAGGAAGGCUCCGGUCCACAAGACGGUGCCCGAUGUUCUGACGGCUCCAAGCAGCGCGGAGAGGCACCAGUUCAUCCUGGCGCAGUUUGUCAACGAGUUCCACGGGAAACUGGGUCCUUUAUCCACCCGAGUCCACAAAGCGGAGCAGUACUUUAACCCCACAGACACCGACUGCUCCAUCAGUUCCUGCCCCGAGCUGCUAAAGAAAGAACUGGAGCAGAUGUUCCCGUCGGCGCCCACCGCCUCCAUCACCGUGGUGACGGUCGCACAGAGGACCGGUCGGCAGGAAGACGAGGACAAAACCCUGCAGCUUCAUAAAUUCGUGAACGGCGCCAAGGAGAUGUGUUUCGCUCUGUGGACGGCGGGCUACUGGGCAGACUUCAUCGACCCGACAACGGGAGCAGCCUUCUUCGCGUCCCCGUCGAGUCUGGCCACGCCGCGGCCCGAUGAGCAGCUGACGGACCCGGGCUUUCACAUCGAAGUGUCGGGCUCCUGCACCGUCAUCCGCCAUAUCCUGAGGGGGACGCCGCAGUUCGUGGGGACCGUUUUCACCAACGCGCCGGCGAACAGCGCCGCCGUCACGAGACUACAAGGACUGUCACGUGCGUUCGAAGACGAGGAUUAGAUUUUUUAAUUAUUAGAGUCCGAACAGAGUGCCUCUAAUUCUGGUUAGGAGGUGUCGAUCGUGCUUGGGUCCACUUUUAAAGGUUUUAUCGUAACGCGAGCACACGACGGCGUUACGAAGCACCUGCGACUCAAAUCCGAUCGUUGUCCGUUUUUUUCUUUGCCCUGCACUACAUCCAGGAAGAACCACCGACAACACACAUUCACGACCCGGUGAAUCUGUAGAAAUGAAUAUUUUUAGAAUGAAAGCUUAUUUAUAAAAUUUCAGCUGCGUCUGGACUCUUGUCAGGUCAGGUAUUUAUUCUCCCCAUGAUUCUGUUGAAAACCUGUUUCUGAUUACAAGCCACAGUGCAAAUAAAAUCUGUGAA